AUGCUCACCCGCUGGACGACCCUGCUCAUGGCUGCCGUCGCCGUUUUGGCGACGGCCGGGCUGGCGAUGGACAUCAGCCAGGACCUGAGCGAGGAGCUGGCCAUGGGAUGGAAGAUGGGCCUGCGGCCGCGCCAGAACGCGCAGAACCUGCAAUUCUUCGACGGCAAGGUUGGCGGCGCUGGAGCGCCUGGGAUCACGCAGUCGAAUGACCCAAACAGGCCGUUCUCGGUGGGCGGCGACACUUUUCCCGACUUUGACACGGCGGCCGGCCGGGCGUGCGACAACCAGAAGAACGACUGCGCCAGGCUGGCGAACAACGGCGGCGGAAACUUUGAGGUCAGCGAUUGUGACAAGCAGAACAACGACUGCAAGCAGGGCAUCAGCCAGGCGGCGCAGAAGAGCUUUGAUCAGAAUGCUGGCGGCGGCGGCGGCGGCAACAACAACAAUGGCGGAAAUAACAACAACAACAACAGCCCGACGCAGCCUGAGAGGGCGUUGGUGAGCUCCGAUGCCAACUUUGACUACUUCUGCGAUGUUUGA